UGCUGUGGUCCAGAAAGACCAUCUGUGUUUAACAGAAUCAGAAAUCAAAAGGAAAGUCUUUACAAUGUACUCAGUAUUACUGAGACAAGUGAUUUUCAUGGUGUUAAGUCAGGUAGACUAAACAAGAGCUAUAGAAGAUAAAAACUAGUUCUUUGUUUCUUCUUCUGUAUAGUUUACCAGGAAAAGUUAUGUAAUUUUGUGCAACGUAUUCCAUGAGGCAAUGGAAUGUGAAGACAAGAAGGAGACGACUGAGGAGGGCUGCUGAGUGGAAGAGCCAUGGGCAGGACACUGCUGGGAGCAAAUAACCUCAGCAUCUCCAUAUCCUGAGAAGAACUCGUUGAAAAAAGGAGAGUGAUGCAAGUUGGAUACCUGUCAAAUUAAGAUUUUCAUUGAAGUCCAGCUAAGAAUGCAACCAACAAAAUAAAGUGAAAAAGCUGGGCAUUUGAAGAAGCAUCCUUCUACUUGGUGAAAAUGUCUCUUAUUUUUUGACAACGAUUAAAAGACAAUGGGGUCAAACACUCUUGGAAAGGCUGCAACAUUAGAUGAGCUUUUGAACACUUGUAUUGAAAUGUUUGAUGACAAAGGAGACCCGUGCUCCAGCCAUUUGCCAAGAACCUUUCUUUUAAUGCACCGGUGGUAUCUGCCUUCGACAGAGCUGGCUGGCAAGCUUCUGUCCACUUACAGAGAUGCUGAUGGGGAGAACUGCAAUGAAUUCAGAUUGAAAAUCUGCUACUUCAUGAGAUACUGGAUUUUGGAAUUCCCUGCAGAGUUUAACUUGGAUCUUGGGCUGAUUCGUUUGACUGAAGAGUUUCAAGAAGUAGCCAGCCAGCUUGGAUAUGAGGAUCACAUCCAUCUCAUUGAUAUCUCCAGCAUUCCUUCCUACGACUGGAUGAGAAGAGUUACACAGAGGAAGAAGAUUUCCAAGAAAGGAAAAGCCUGCCUGCUGUUUGACCAUCUGGAGCCCAUUGAACUAGCUGAACAUCUCACUUUUCUGGAGCAUAAAUCUUUUAGGAGAAUUUCUUUCACAGAUUACCAAAGCUAUGUGAUCCAUGGCUGCUUGGAAAACAAUCCCACUCUGGAGAGAUCUAUUGCUUUAUUUAAUGGUAUCUCUAAAUGGGUCCAGCUCAUGGUUCUCAGCAAACCAACACCCCAGCAAAGAGCAGAAGUAAUCACAAAGUUUAUCAAUGUUGCACAGAAGCUCCUUCACCUCCAGAACUUCAACACACUGAUGGCAGUUGUGGGAGGUCUAAGCCACAGCUCUAUUUCUCGCCUGAAAGAGACUCAUUCUCAUCUGUCCUCGGAAGUCACAAAGGACUGGAACGAAAUGACAGAGCUGGUCUCUUCCAAUGGAAACUACUGCAACUACCGCAAGGCUUUUGCUGACUGUGUUGGCUUCAAAAUUCCUAUUUUAGGAGUCCAUUUGAAAGACUUGAUUGCUGUCCAUGUCAUUUUUCCUGACUGGAUAGAUGAGAACAAAGUUAACAUAGUGAAAAUGCAGCAGCUCUCCAUCACCUUGAGUGAACUGGUUUCUCUGCAAACUGCUUCUCAUCAUUUAGAGCCUAAUUUGGAUUUAAUUAACCUGCUAACCCUGUCCCUGGACCUCUACCACACUGAGGAUGAUAUCUACAAGCUCUCGCUGGUGCUGGAGCCAAGGAACUCCAAAUCUCAGCCUACCUCCCCGACCACCCCCAACAAGCCAGUAGUGCCACUGGAGUGGGCAUCUGGAGUGGUACCCAAACCUGACCCUACAGUCAUCAACAAGCACAUCCGGAAACUGGUGGAUUCUGUCUUUAGGAACUACGACCAUGACCAUGAUGGUUACAUAUCUCAGGAAGACUUUGAGAGUAUAGCUGCCAACUUCCCAUUCCUGGACUCUUUCUGUGUGCUGGACAAAGACCAAGAUGGUCUUAUAAGCAAAGAAGAAAUGAUGGCUUACUUUCUAAGAGCUAAAUCACAGUUCCAGUGUAAAAUGGGACCAGGGUUUAUUCACAACUUUCAGGAAAUGACCUACCUUAAACCAACUUUCUGCGAGCACUGUGCAGGAUUUCUCUGGGGUAUAAUCAAACAAGGCUACAAAUGUAAAGAUUGUGGUGCCAACUGUCACAAGCAAUGCAGAGACCUGCUUGUGCUGGCUUGCAGGAAAUUUUCCAGAGGAACUUCAGUAGGCAGCAACCAUGGGUCUCUGCCUAGCAGUCCAUCUCUGCCUCCAGUCCAAGAUGAAGUGUUUGAAUUUCCCAGUGUUGCUGCAGAACACCAGGACCUUGAUGGCAGAGCUAUCACCCUUGUCACUGGCUCUUCACAGAAAAUUUCUGUGCGGCUGCAGCGGGUGACCACCAGCCAAGCAACACAGACAGAACCACUCUGGCAUGAGCCCGGUUGGAAUGAUUCAGGUUCCCAUACUUUCCCCAAAAUGAAGUCCAAAUUCCACGGAAAAGCUGGGAAGAACAAAGGCUUUGCAAAGUGGGAGAAUGAAAAGCCCAGCAUGCAGGCUGAUGUAGAGCAAGAAGCCGAGGCCCCACAGGAUAUACAGGAUCACAAUGGAAUAGAAACUCUCCCAGAAAGACAAGAAUCUGAGGAUAGCUGAUUGCACACCCUGAAGCACAGAAAACUAAAGAUGACAACUACAGCAAGUGUUGAUGGACUGUCACAGACCACAUUUGGCCAUAAGGCGUGCUCCCAUACCUCAUCCUUUUAAACCCAACCAUUGCCCUGUUUUCUUAGCUGAAAGGUGUUAUAAGGCACUAUUUAUUUUCUCACAAGUAAUAAGCCAUUUCGAUGAACAUCGCCCAGCCACAGCAGCACAGAUCUCUGUGGUCAGUGUUUUCUUUUGUAUGACUUCUGUGGAAACUUCCUCCACAUGCCAGUGAGGAUAUACUCAGCCUUCUUUAAAUGCACUGCAUCAUUUCAGAGUGACUGCCAGCAACAGCAAUGGUGAGGACAGAAGCCAAGCAUCCAAGUUUGUUCAAUAACACUCCUUUCCCAAGGCUUGUAAUGAUAAUUUAAGGAAAGAAGUAGGUGUGCAUGUUGAUUAAAUCUCAAACAAAAAUCUCUCACAAAAUCCUCUAUACUGAAUUCUUCACGCACCUGGGGUUUUGAAUUUUGGCCAUGUUUACCUUGCUGCAGUGAACGUUUGGUGUUCAGCACAGUGAUAUCGGUUCCCAGACUGGGGAUCCUUCAAAUAGGCAGCAGCUGGCUGAGACUGAAGGAAAUCCAAGACACUAUGUGUUUUUCUGGUUACACCACAGUGGAGAAGGGUGACCUUUGCCAGCACUGAUUAUGGUAACAUUAGCAUGCAAUAAACACUUUAGUUUUAAGUG